AUGGCGGUGCUGGCAGUCACGGUAGACAUGGAGGAGGAGCAUCUAAAGGCCUUUGAUGAUGAAAUCAAUGCUUUUUUGGACAAUAUGUUUGGACCUCGAGAUGCUCGAGUCAGAGGGUGGUUCAUGUUGGACUCUUACCUUCCUACCUUUUUUCUUACUGUCAUAUAUUUGCUUUCAAUAUGGCUGGGUAACAAAUAUAUGAAGAACAGACCUGCGCUUUCUCUCAGGGGUAUCCUCACCUUGUAUAAUCUUGCGAUCACACUUCUCUCCGCAUAUAUGCUGGCAGAGCUCAUUCUUUCCAGUUGGGAAGGAGGAUACAACUUACAGUGUCAAGAUCUUGCCAGUGCAGGGGAAGCUGAUAUCCGGAUUGCUAAUCCAGGUUUCUUUGGACCAACACUGAACAGUUUUAUCCACAUUCUUAUGUACUCCUACUACGGACUUUCUGUGUUUCCGUCUAUGCACAAGUAUCUUUGGUGGAAGAAAUAUCUCACACAGGCUCAACUGGUGCAGUUCGUGCUCACCAUCACGCACACCAUGAGUGCCGUCGUGAAACCGUGUGGCUUCCCCUUCGGUUGUCUCAUCUUCCAGUCGUCUUACAUGCUGACAUUAGUCAUCCUGUUCUUAAAUUUUUACAUUCAGCAAAUUUGUAGCAACAGCCCAAAGCACAGGCUUGAAUUUGGACUUAUCACAUUCGUGCAAUACCCAGGGUAA